AAUGGCCUCCGCCAGCCAGCCACAGGUGGUCCAAGGGACACAAGGCAGCGCCCGUUUCCAAUCCAGCCCAGGUAACGCUUCUUCAGCCACUUGUACCUAAUCGCUUCAGUGGUGCCCCACAUGAAGAUGUUGAAGAUUGGCUUGAACAUUACGAACGCGUUGCCGACAUCAACCAGUGGAAUGAUCAACAGAAGCUCGCCCGCACGUACUUCACCCUCGAUGACAGCGCUCACACGUGGCUUGAGAAUCGAGAAGGCCGUAUAUCGAAUUGGGAUGAGUUUCGUCAGCAGCUGAUUGACACCUUUGCUAGCGUCGACCGUCGAGAGCGGGCUCAGCAGUUGCUCGAGAUAAGACUUCAGAAACCUAACGAAACUGUGGCAAUGUUUGCUGAAGACGUGACGCGCCUGUGUCGUCGCGCUGAUCCCAGUAUGUCCGAGGAAAAGAAGUUGCGCUACCUUAUGCGCGGCGUGAAGGAACAACUGUUCGCCGGCCUUGUGCGCAAUGCCCCAACUACCGUGGCCGAUUUUAUAAGAGAAGCCACUGCCAUUGAGCGUGCUCUGCACCAAAGAUCGAGGCAGUAUGAUCGCUCGUCCACUACCACCCAAAUCAACGCCGCUUCAGUGACUCUGGACAAUCAGGGCUCCCUACGUGACCUGAUCAGAGAUGUUGUUCGCGAAGAACUUCAGAAGCUUUGCACUCCGCCAGUGGAUACACCAGUGACCGCCGUUGCCGCAGUCGUUCAUGACGAACUUAGGCACGCUUUCUCAGCAGUUGAUCUCGGUCGCGAGCAGCGUCAAAUGAGUUACGCCGACGCUGUCCGCCGUCCACCACCCGUCGUGCCUAUCACGUCAUACUACCAGCCACCUACAGCCGCACCUUCAUCGCAACCUUUGCAGGAGGCUUUCAGACGUCGGCCCAUGUCUCCGAUGUCUUCAUGCCACCAGCCAUCACUUGCCGCGCCUUACUCACCACCACAAGAGGACAUGAGACGCCCACAAUUUCGCAGAACGGACGCUUGGCGCACUGUCGAUCGGCGCCCCCUCUGCUUCAACUGUGGUGGUGCCGGCCAUAUAGCUCGCUAUUGUUGGUACCGCGACACAUCCUUUCGCCCGUCUCGGCCAGGGUACGACGGUCGCCGUGCCAACGCCGACUGUACUGUUCGCCAUGACGACCCUGGUUUUCGAGGACCUCCAACGACGUGUUCUCCAUAUCACGAGUCGCUUCCCAAUCGCCAGCCCAACUCCGCCACCGGCCACGCUCUCCAUCCCCUGCACAGACAUCGUCACCGAAUCGACGGACUUUUGCUGACCUUCGGGGAACAAGGUCGCCCAGCCCUUACCGGGGAAACUAAAGGUGGCGACCUCUCGGGGUAAGGUCGCAGCCCGACCACAAGACGAUAAAAAGUCCCCAGUACUGCCGCUACAGAACGACGCGACGUCGACGAAUAUUAAUGGCGACGAAACGGUGAGCGCCGACCUCAAUGUACUUA